CCUCCCCGCUCCGCUCUCGGGGACAACGGAGCUCGCUAAACCUUUCCAAUGGCCCCAUCUCGCUUGGGGUUUCUGCUCCUCCUGGCUUGCUCCUUCUCCUGCUCGGAACCGCAGCUCCUGGACUGGGCUUGGGACAGCACGAAGAGCACAGGAAACCCAGCAGCACCCGGCAAGGGAAUACCAGCAUCCGAGCCGCCAAACUCGGCAGCAGCUCCGGCUCCCAGCCCGUCCCCAGUGACGUGGGGUGGCGAGGUGGCAGGGAAUGUCACCACCCCACGGCGGCAGGAGCCAGAUUCUGCUACAGCAGCGCCUUUGGCUGAGGGAACCACAGCCAAAACCACGGAGCAGUGGGACAGGAGUGCCACAGGGCUACUGGAGAGCACGGCGUGGCCAAGCAUCGCUCCUUCCCACAGCGUGUCACCUGCCCCAGGUCAGCAGGUAGCCAGCAGCCCCAGUGACGAGCCCCAGUUCCUGGGGCCAGGGACCACUGAGGACCCACAGUUUUUGGGGCUGGGGAACACCGAGGACCAGCAGCUCCUGGGGUCAGAGACCUCUAAGGACCUCCAGCUCUUGUGGUCAGGGACCACCGAAGACCUUCAGCUCCUGGGGACUGGGACCACUGAGCACCUGCAGCUCCUGAUGAUGAGGACCACCAAAGAACCCGAGUUCCUGAGCUCAGUGACCCCCAAGGAGCUCCUGGAGACAGGGACUACUGAGGACCUGCAGCUGCUGGGAUCAGGGACCACUGAGAACCCAAAGCUCCUGGGGUCAGAGACCUCUAAGGACCUGCAGCUCCUGGGGUCAGAGACUACUGAGGACCUGCAGCUGCUGGGGUUGGGCACCGUUGAGGACCCACAGCUCUUAGGGAUGAUGAGUACCACAGACCUGCAGCUCCUAGUGAUGGGGCACACCAAGAACCCACAGCUCCUAAGGACAGGGACCACUGAGAAUCUGCAGCUCAUGGCAAUGGGGAGCACUGAGGAGAUGCAACUCCUGAGGACAGUGACCACCGAGAACCCAGAGCUCCUGGGGAACACUGAGAACCCACAGCUCCUGAGGACAGUGACCACCGAGAGCCCAGAGCUCCUAGGGAACACUGAGAACCCACAGCUCCUGAGGACAGUGACCACGGAGAGCCCAGAGCUCCUGGGGAACACUGAGAACCCACAGCUCCUGAGGACAGUGACCACGGAGAGCCCAGAGCUCCUGGGGAACACUGAGAACCCACAGCUCCUGAGGACAGUGACCACGGAGAGCCCAGAGCUCCUGGGGAACACUGAGAACCCACAGCUCCUGAGGAUGGUGACCACUGAGAACCCAGGAGACCCGGGGACAGAAACUCCUACAGCAAUUGAGACAUGGGUGUCCUUGCAGAGACCAGCGGGUCCUCAGACAGAGAGCCUGAGUGCUGAGGUCAGCCUGCUGGAGCUGAUCGGGGACCCACCGACAGAGGAGAUCCACAGAAUUUACGGCCCCGACAACAACCCUGGCUACGUCUUUGGUCCCAAUGCCAAUACGGGCCAGGUGGCCCGGUACCACCUGCCGAGCCCUUUCUACCGGGACUUCUCGCUGCUGUUUCACAUCCAGCCCACCACACCCCGGGCCGGCGUGCUCUUUGCUGUCACGGACUCCUCGCAGAGCAUCAUCUAUGUGGGCGUCAAGCUCUCGGAGCUGCGGGCAGGCCAGCAGCAGAUCAUCUUCUACUACACGGAACCCGGCUCGCCCAGCUCCUACCCAGCUGCCACCUUCACCGUGCCCACCCUGCUCAACCAGUGGACGCGCUUCGCCAUCAGUGUGGAGGAGGAGGAAGUUAUCCUCUACCUGGACUGUGAGGAGCAUGAGCGUGUCCGCUUCGAGCGCUCCCCAGAUGAGAUGGAGCUGGAAGAAGGCUCCGGGCUCUUUGUUGCUCAGGCUGGAGGGGCUGACCCGGAUAAAUACCAGGGGGUGAUUGCAGAUUUGAAGCUCCGAGGGGACCCGCGGGCAGCCGAGCACCAGUGCGAGGAUGAGGAGGAUGAUGCAGAGGUCUCUGGGGAUUUUGGCAGCGGGAUGGAAGGUGGACAGCAGCCCUCUGGCAAGGUCGAGGCUGUCCCAGGGCUGGUGGAUGCUGUUCCCGUGACCUCCCCGCCUGUGGCAGGGGGCAGUGGCCCGAGGAGAGGUGGGGGGUCCCCACAGCAGGCUGAGAGGACCAGGGCGGAGGAGACGCUGCGGGUCUCCACGGGAGGCACCAGCCGGAAAGGCGAAAAAGGGGAGAAGGGGGAACGUGGUUUGAAAGGGGACUCAGGAACCGGUGGCAUCAUAGGGCCAGGCAGUGUCAAGGGUCAAAAGGGGGAGAAGGGAGACCUGGGUGUCAAGGGCAGUGCUGGAUUUGGCUACCCUGGCUCUAAGGGCCAAAAAGGAGAACCAGGUGACCCUGGACCCCCCGGGACUCACUCUCGGCACGCUGAUGGCUCAGUGGUGGAGAAAGUCACCGGCCCCCCAGGGCCACCAGGGAAGGAUGGAGCCCCUGGCAGGGACGGCGAGCCUGGAGAUCCUGGCGAGGACGGCAAACCCGGUGAAAUGGGGCCCCCGGGGUUCCCUGGGAUGCCGGGGGAGCCAGGUCUGAAGGGGGAGAAGGGUGACCCAGGAGUGGGGCCGAGGGGACCCCCUGGACCACCUGGCCCUCCAGGACCGCCGGCACCUUCCUCCAAGAAUGACAAGCUGACCUUCAUCGACAUGGAGGGCUCUGGCUUUGGUGGUGACCUGGAGAGUUUGCGGGGCCCACGAGGGCCACCUGGUCCCCCAGGGCCACCUGGCCUGCCCGGAUUGCCAGGGGAACCAGGACGGUUUGGGAUGAACCGCACGGACCUGCUGGGACCGCCAGGGCUGCCAGGCAGAGAUGGGAUCCCUGGACCCCCGGGGCCAGUGGGUCCUCAGGGUCCUCCAGGAAGAGACGGGGAGGCCGGGCAGCCAGGGCCCAAAGGAGAGCGGGGCGAUGUGGGUGACCUCGGCCUCCCUGGCCUCCCGGGACCCAAGGGCAGCAAAGGAGAAACGGGACCAGCAGGACCCCCAGGAGAAGUAGGCUUAGCUGGCCUUCCCGGGCCCAUCGGACCCCGAGGGCAGCCAGGGCCCCCCGGCCCCCCAGGACCACCAGGGCCAGGCUACGAGGCUGGAUUUAGUGACAUGGAGGGCUCAGGGCUGCCAUUCACCCCUGGACCACCUGGACCUGAAGGACCACAGGGUGUGCCGGGACUGCCAGGGGUGAAGGGAGAGGUUGGCAGCCCUGGACAGCCUGGCUUGCCGGGACCAAAGGGAGAUGCUGGCAUGCCUGGCGUGGAUGGCCGCCCUGGCCUGGAGGGCUUCCCUGGACCACAGGGACCCAAAGGUGACAAAGGCAGCACCGGUGAGAAGGGAGAGCGAGGCCAAGAUGGAGUGGGGCUGCCUGGCCCCCCUGGCCCACCUGGUCCCCCUGGACAGAUCAUCACUCUCUCCAGUGAAGAUAAGUCCUUGGUGGCUGUUCCUGGUCCAGAGGGCAGACCAGGCCACGCUGGCUUCCCGGGUCCAGUGGGACCGAAAGGAGACCGGGGGUCAACUGGUCUCCAGGGUACCCCAGGGUUAAAGGGAGAGAAGGGGGAGCCCGGUGUCAUCAUAAGCCCUGAUGGGACCGUGGUCACUGCCAAGGUGAAAGGAGAAAAGGGGGAGCCGGGGCUGCGGGGCCCAAUGGGACCAUCGGGUCCCCCGGGACGAGCAGGGAUGAAGGGAGAGAUCGGCUUUCCGGGCAGACCCGGACGUCCCGGCAUGAACGGGCUGAAGGGUGAGAAGGGUGACCCCGCAGACGUGCUGGGCUUACGGGGUCCCCCAGGCCCCCCAGGACCCCCUGGGCCCCCUGGGCCACCUGGCAGCAUAGUCUACAACAAUGGCAAUACCUUCAGCGACUCCAGCCAGCCAGCAUUCCCCGGUUUCCACCCGUUCCCAGGACAAAAGGGAGAGAAAGGUGACACUGGACGCCCAGGACCCCCAGCCCAUUUCCCCUAUGACGCAAGUCACUUCAGUGCCAGCCUGCGGGGUGACAAGGGGGAUGUAGGUCCCAAGGGUGAGAAGGGCGAGCCAGGCAGCACCCCACUCUACGGUCCUGGAGUCUCUGGGCUUCCAGGGCCUCCAGGGCCCCAGGGCUACCCUGGGCUUCCGGGUGCCAAGGGGGACAGUAUUGUUGGGCCACCGGGACCUCCAGGACCUCAGGGUCCUCCUGGGAUCGGAUACGAGGGGCGGCAGGGCCCCCCUGGCCCUCCUGGCCCUCCUGGUCCACCCGGGCCACCCUCCUUCCCAGGUCCCCAUAGACAAGGUGUCAGCAUCCCUGGACCCCCGGGACCACCAGGACCCCCUGGACCACCAGGCACCAGCGGGAUGUCCUUGGGGCUCCGGGCCGUGCCCACGUACCAGAUGAUGCUGAGCACCGCGCACGAGCUGCCCGAGGGUAGCCUCAUCUUCCUGACCGAGCGGCAGGAGCUCUACGUCCGCCUGCGCGGGGGCUUCCGCAGGGUGCUGCUGGAGGAGCACAACCUGAUCCCCAGUUCGGCUCUGGACAACGAGGUGUAUGACAAGCCACCCACCCUCCACUACGCUGGCCCCCAGCCACGUGGGCCCCUGCACCCGCUCCGCAACCAUGUCCCCCCGGCCACCGCCCGUCCCUGGCGUGGGGAUGAGGUGGUGGCCAACCAGCACCGCCUGCCCGAGCAGCCCCUGCUCCACCACCAGCAUGAGCUCAUCAAUGGCUACUACAUCCACCGCAGACCAGACCCUGCCCCUGUGGCUGCCCAUGUGCACCAGGACUUCCAGCCUGCCCUUCACCUGGUGGCCCUGAACACCCCGUUGAGCGGCAGCAUGCGCGGCAUCCGGGGCGCCGAUUUCCAGUGCUUCCAGCAAGCCCGGCAGGUUGGACUGGCCGGCACCUUCCGUGCCUUCCUGUCCUCCCGCCUGCAGGAUCUCUACAGCAUCGUGCGCAGGGCCGACCGUGCUGCUGUCCCCAUCGUCAACCUCCAGGAUGAAGUGCUCUUCAAUAACUGGGAAGCCCUUUUCACGGGCAGUGGGGCCCCGCUGCGAGCUGGCACCCGCAUCCUCUCCUUCGACGGCCGGGACGUCCUGCAGGAUGCGGGCUGGCCACAGAAGAGUGUCUGGCAUGGCUCGGAUGCCAAGGGCCGGCGCCUGCCCGAGAACUACUGUGAGACAUGGCGGACAGAGGAGCAUGCGGUCACUGGCCAGGCUUCCUCCCUGGCCUCUGGAAAACUCCUGGAGCAGGUGGCCAGCAGCUGUCAGCAUGCCUUCAUCGUCCUCUGCAUUGAGAACAGCUUCAUGACCGCCACCAAAAAGUGAUACCCACCCUGGAGCUCCCUGAGUCCCCCAUGUCCCCAGGGAGAGUUGGGCCAGCCUGCACCCCUGGGCCCCUCAGCCCCCUCCACGCACCCACUCUCACCCUGCAGGGUUUCCUUUCCCACAGGCCUGAAGCCAAAGAGUAUUGCCAUGGCCCCUGCUCUGCAUCAGCAGGGGCUCAGGUCCCACCCAGGGCAGGGCAGCCAUGUGCUGGUGGCCUUCCUCCUCCAACUCCUGAUAUUUAACCACUUCAGCUUGUUCCCCUCCCUGCUCAGAUGCUCUUUUUGGGGUGGCUGGGUAGGAGGAUGCUUGGCAGGGAGAUUUCAGUGCUGCCAGGCAGGCUGUCCCCCUGAAAAGCCUGUGGGGCCUCUCUCACCAGCCCCCCAGCCCCACGCUGUCCUCACCAGGAGCUUGGGGUUGGACCCAAAUCCCUGCUGCUGAGGCCAAGGGGUCUAUGCCAGCCAAGACUCCAGCAUCCCACCCAAGGGACUGUCCCGUGGCGAUGCUGGGGUUCUCCCAGAUGGUCUCCAUUCUCCCCAGAUAAGGAUCAUCCCAUCAUCAUCCUCACCUCCACCUCCCAGCCAGCAGAGCUCUGGUGGGGGUCUUGUCUCCCCCAUCCCAUCUAGGCACCCUGGGGUCCCCUGGCUGUGCCCCCACAGCCCAGUUACAGCCCAGAUACAGCAACAGCCAGCUCAGCACAGGCAAUGGGGUGACAGGGUGGCCCCAAGGCGUGGCAAGCUGUGCCCUUGGCAUGUGUUUCUCUGUGUGUGUAUGUGCAUGGUGAGCACAUGUGGUAGUACCAAGGGAAGGCACUGCCAUCCCCCCUCCCCAUGCCACCUUUGCUGGGCUCAAAUGGUGAAGGCGCAGCAAAUCUGGUUGGAAUUGGUGUGGGCAAAUCCAAGGUGCUAAAAACAAAAAACCAAAAAAAAAAAAAGAAAGGAAAAAAGAGAAAUUUGUAACUAGCUUUUUUUGUUAUUGUAUGGAAAUUAUUACCAUAAAAGCUGUGCGAGUAACACAGUC